AAAAAAUCAUGACGGGGGGCAGUGGCGAUAGGUACACGGAGGUACAUCCUGACAUUAUAUCCCGGCAUGGUUAGGUUAUAGAGAUUAUAUAGUAUUGGGGCGCGAAUCUGCAGCAGCGGAUGUUCAGGCAGCGGGAGAAGGCGCGGAGACAUGGAACGGCAGGCGGGUCGGUGACAGGACCCGGGGCCCAAGAAUGUCUGGAAGUAUGUAGGGCCAAGAUGUCGGACAAUGAACUAUUCGAGAAGGACAUCUGGGAGUAUACGUCUAAACGGAAAGCCAAGCAGCCGGCCAAUAAUGGGGUGAAGCCUGCAGCUCAGGGCACAGCUGCCAAAGCAACAAAACCCAAUCACAAAGCUGCUCAGAAACGACGCUCAUUGCACGGAGCCAAAACUCAGCCCCCCAGUGGGAACAUUCCUCAGACUUCUACAGUAGGAGGGAAAAGGGAACAUACAGAUGGGCACAGCUGGAGUUCCCAGAGAGAGGAGCCCCCUCUGCCAGGCAGGAAUCCGAGCCCUGAGUCUCCCCAUCCCAGGCACGAGGGGUACUGCCCAAGCUGCCAGAUGCCAUUCUCUCUAUUGCUGGUGCAGUCACCAAGGUGGCACGUGAGCGAAUGUUUGGACGCUGCAGGCUCAACGGAGAAAGAAUGUCCUGAUGGCGUCACGUGCAGUUCAGCAAUUCCGUCUCACUACAAGCGCUACUCACACUUCCAGCUGGCUCAGAGCAGGGCAGUAAAUGACUCUGUUUUCUCGUUGCUGAACACCCCGGGCUCUUCCUGUCGCCAAACUGCUAAACUCAAUCUCUCGCAAAGUCCCAUCUCCUGGUCAAAAAUAAGCGAAAACAUAAACAAAAAGAGACGCAGUCAGAGCAGCCCUAAAACCCUAAGCCAGACGCCCCCCAAAGACAAGUCCCCUGCAAGCUCUCAGGGUUCAGUGAAACAGACCUCCCUCGAUGCCUGGUUAUCCUCCCCAUCCAAACAUGAGAAACUCUCCCAAGAAACCCUCAGUAACUCUUACCCUGAAUGUGCCGAUUCCACUGCCAAAACCCCACAGUCGCCCCAACAAGCUGCGGAUUUGGGGGAUUAUGGAAUCUCCUAUUCCCCACUUAUAUUUAAUGAAGAACUGGACAGCGAUGAAGAUCCUAUAAAGAGACUGUUUUCCAGCGAAUCCUUUGAGGAAGAGUAUGGUGGGACAGAAGACGAAACACAGCAGAAUACAUAUCAGUCUCGCUGCCCCCAAGAGAAUGGAAUUAUUCCAUCACUAAAGGAUUCUCAGCAGCCAAACCAGCUCAGUGCAAGUAGUACCUCCCAAUGUGCAGCCAAUCAGCAGCAAUCUGACCACAUACCUGAUUACGCUAAUUGGUCUGAAUGCAGCUCACCUGCCUCAGUGAUUGGCCAAUGGGAGACAUUCCAGUCUCAAUCAGAUUCGUUUGCUGAAUGUGCCCCCAGGUUUGGGAAUUCUACUCAUUUGAAGGAGCAGAGAGGGAGUCUUCCUGACUGUGCUUCUUCAGUGGAAGCAGGUAGGAGAGAAAGUUGUUCUGUUAGCUCACACAGAGCCCAGGCCUCAGAACCAGAACCGACACCGAGCUUGUCAAAUAAGGAUAAAGGGUUAUUAACACUGAGCCAAACGAUUCCAGCAAUGCCCUCGAAAUCCAUGCAGUCUCAGUCCUGUGCAAAUACAAAGGGGAUGAAACAGAUGGACAUUGGUGUGUUUUUUGGCCUGAAACCCAAACCCAAAGAGGAGAACCCCAAGGCAAAAGUCCCCCCUAAGCUCCAGAACCAGAAUGACGUGGCUCUUCCAUCUGAGAGAAAACCUGCGCAGAGAAAGCGGAAAGGUCAGGGGCCCCCCCUGGGAGACAAAGACCCUCUUGCAGAUCAUACCAACACAGAGCCGGAGGGGGCAGCUGGGAACCAGAGGAGAGGGUGGAAGCGUCCCAGGCAGUUCUCCACGGGGGAGGAGGGCAAAGGCAAGAAACAGUGCCCCUUCUACAAGAAAAUUCCAGGGACUGGCUUUACAGUGGACGCUUUCCAGUACGGGCAGAUAGAGGGCUGCACCGCCUAUUUCCUCACUCACUUUCACUCCGAUCACUACGGGGGACUGACCAAGAAAUUCCGCUGCCCAAUCUACUGCAGCAAGAUCACAGGAAACCUUGUGCAGAGCAAACUGCGUGUGGAGUCGGAAUUCAUAAACACUUUGCCCAUGAACACGGAGUGUGUGGUCGAUGGGAUUCGGGUGGUACUGCUUGAAGCUAAUCAUUGCCCCGGGGCAGUUCUGCUACUUUUCCGGCUUCCCAACGGAACUACCAUACUGCACACUGGGGACUUCCGGGCAGAUCGUUCCAUGGAGAGUUACCCUGCUCUGAUUGGCCAGAGGGUCCAUACCCUGUAUCUAGACACCACCUAUUGCAGCCCAGAGUACACGUUCCCCCCGCAGCAGGAAGCCAUUCAGUUCGCAGUGAACACGGCCUUUGAAACGGUCACGCUGCAUCCGCGCACGCUGGUGGUUUGCCGCACCUACGCCGUUGGGAAGGAAAAGGUCUUCUUAGCCAUCGCCGACGUCCUGGGGUGUAAAGUCUGCAUGUCCCAGGACAAGUACAGGACUAUGCAGUGUCUGGAGUCGGCAGAUAUCCGCUCCGUUGUAACCACCGACUGGCACAGCACGGCCCUCCAUGUCCUGCCCAUGAUGCAGGUGAAUUUUAAGGGCCUGAACGUGCAUCUUGGCAAGUUCUCUGGUAAAUAUGACCGGGUUCUGGCAUUCAAACCCACAGGCUGGACCUAUUCGGACAGCAGUGCGUCGGUAGCGGAUAUCCGACCCGAGAUCCGAGGGAAAGUCACUAUGUAUGGCAUUCCGUACAGCGAGCACAGCAGCUACUCGGAGCUCAAACGUUUCGUCCAAUGGCUGAAGCCCCAGAAAAUCAUCCCGACUGUCAACGUCGGCAACUACCAAUCCCGCUCGGCGAUGGAGAAGUAUUUUAGCGAAUGGCUUACGGGCGCCGCUCGAUAGGAAGCCGAGGCAGGUGUGACCCCACCCCUGUCAAUUUUCUAAAUGAUUUUUUAGAAAUUGUGCAAUUUUUAUAAAUUUAUACUGUGGGGGAUAAUACACGUGUGUUUAAGUAGUGUCUGUGCCACGUUGGUGCCGCCGGCCAGGGCUCCAUCUGUCUGUACUGCGGUGUCUCCUUUCAGAGUCCCAUGUUAGGGCACACAGGGGAUGCUGGGAGGUGUAGUUCAGCUACGGCUUAGGAUAUUUACAAUGCUGCCUAUUGCUUUGCACAUCUUGGUCUUGCUGGUCAGACCUUGGGACUCAAUCACACACUUACCUCUGGUGCACAGACAGUGGCCCCCAGCUCAGGGGGACUUAACCCUUUAGGGUGAAGACACACGGAGCUAUUUAGUAGCAGCUACUUGUCGUGGCUACUAAAAUAGACAAUGCUGAUCAUUUACUGAUAACUGUCUCUACCUGUGUUUAACAGAGGCAAUUCUCAGUAUUGUCUAUGGCAGGGGAAUUUCUGGCGUUUAGUAGCUGCUACUAAGUAGCUCUGUGUGUCUUCACCCUUAAGGGUAAUAACCCACGGAGCCCACUGCGACUGCCGAAGCGAUGCAAAAGGCUUUCCACUGGUGACUCCUAUUGCCAGUGGAAAGCCAUUUUGGAGCGGAUAGCAGAGAUCUAUCGUGGGCGACUGAACCGCCCCGUGGGUUUUUACCCUUAAGAGUGGAACCUGAAGUUCCCCCCCCCACCCCGGGGCCAAGACUUUUGCCCCUUUACUUUAAUGUUCUGUCUGCGUUUAUUUAUCAAUAAGAUGUAAAAUAUAUUGUGGAUAAAAUAAGCUUUUAAUAACGGAUCAUGUAAAAUAAAAGUUUUUUUAAUGUAAA